AGAGUUAUGCGAUUCCUAGAUCGCUAAACCCUGUACUUCCGAAAAAAGAUACGCCUAUCUAUCCUUUCGUCCCGGGGAAGAUUGGGAUUUAUACUCGUUUUUUCGACUACUGUAACUGCCGUCUGCCUCUGACGAAGUUCUUAGUUGAGGUUUUACUUUUUCACGAGGUACACUUGACUCAGGUGAAUCCUUUUGGCCUUGCCAAGAUCAGUCACUUUGAGUUGGCUUGUCGUAGCUUAGGGUCCGAGCCGGAUUUGGAUGUGUUCCGGGCCUUCUACAAGUUGAACCGGUCCGGAAAUUGGUAUACCUUUGAGGUUAGGGAUAAGAGUUCUUGCUGCUAUACAUGGAUCACCACGAGUAUAAAAGACUGGAAGGAUCACUUUUUUCUAGUUGACGAUCGGUGCGUUCCGGAAUUCAUGGUGUGGAGGAUAAAGAAGUCGAAACUCCCGCCUCCUCUUCCUGAAGAUUUUUCGUAUAACGAGAAGCUGUAUGCCGAUUUGAUAAAAGAGGCCGGACGUAUACAGAAAUAUCCGGAACACAUCCUCGUCAUGGGUCAGAUCAGUACGAUGUGGGCCGAACCGGAGUGGUAUCCUACCCUUCGGUGGAACAAAGAGGGUUAGUUGUAUGGAGUCCCUUGUACAUUUAUGUGCUACUUAUUUAUCUUCGAACCCCCUUUUUUUUUUGGGUUGGUAGAUAUUACUUAUCAUUUGUCUUCUUGUGCAGUUAUGGGUUUGAAGGAGGCGCUACGGUUGAAGUCCUUCGAUUCGAAGGAGCUGGAUGUUCGUGCUACCAAGACUCCGAAGGGUGAUACCCCGUAUUUGCAACUUGUGCAACAGAAUCUUUAUCCAAUUCGUGAGCCGGAGGCUCCUGGUGGUCAAGGUGCUUCGGGUUCGGCCCCUAUUGUGUCGCCAGUCGCUCAGAUUCAGGCGAUGGUUACGGCGGAUGAUGCUGGGGGUCGGAAAGCUGGUUCGUCGAUGACGAGGGGUUCCGGUUCUAAAAUUAUUAUCGAGGAUGAGGGGAUCCAUCUUUCUGUCGGAGAUACCGAGACGCAUGCUAGUGGUGAGAAAGGGGGUAAUGAUCGGAACGAAGAUGGGGACGUCGGGGGGGAUGGUGGAGAUGAAGGUGAACAGCCUCAGAUUGUUUUGAAGAGAAAACGGGCUGCUCCCACUAAAACUGACCCAAAGGCCAGGCAGCCGAAAAGGACGAAGGCAGAUUUUAAAACAGUUACACUCGAUGAUGACGAUCAAGUUACCGAAUUCUCUACCGCUGGAGGUGUAUUAGAAAACUUGGAUGCUCAUCUCCAUGAGGGCCGCACCCCGCGGGAUCAUCCGCUGCAAACUCCUGUGAGCCCGUUGUCCUUUGGUAAGGGUGGUGUUAAGGUUGUUACGGACUUGCGCACAUCCGAUCCCAAGAAAAUCGUGCCUUCUCCUUCGGGUAAGUUUACUACGGGAGUUGCGUCUAAUGUGUCUAGGCCAAGCUCUUCGCCGUUUGAUGGUGGGGACAGUGCUUCUUCCUCCCCUCUAUGGUAUGUCACUGAGGCUGUGUUCUUGUCUCGGGAAUUAGGUUCGGGUGAUUUUGAAGGUGCGGAUGCGGCUCAUGCUUUGGAGAAGUAUGUGCCGGAAUGGUCGCUGGUGAAUAAAGACAGGAUCGUGGAUGCCCUUUCGGCCAAGAUGUCUUUGUUUCAUCUAGGAACUCCUGCGGAACAUUCCCAUUACCGCAAGAUGAGUGGACCGGAGCUUGGAAAUACCUUGAUGCUGAAUCAAGCUCAGUCGAACUCUCUGGUGGUGGAGACGUACAAACGUUGGGUCGAGUCGGAGUCAUUGUGCCACAAGCUUAAACGCGAGAUUGCUCAUUUGAAAGGCGAGGGUGAUGUCCGAUCUAAAACGAAACAGGAGCUAGUGUCCCUGCGAUCCCAAGUUGAUCGACUGAAAGGGCAGGUAUCGGAAGCCAAAGAAGUUACCAAGUCUUCUCAAGCUUCGGCCGCUGCAGCCCAUGAAGCUCGUGACAAAGCUCUUCAAGAUUUGGAGACUUUUAAGUCGAAAUUUGCUGAUUUGGAGAAAAAAUUAACCGGUGUAGAGAUGCAGCAUGCCGCCGAGCUGAAGGAGAUGCAGACAUCUCAUGAUCAACUUCUGGCUGAUUACCAUCGCUUAGUUGAUGCUAAAGACGAAAUAGAGAGAGCUCGUGAAAGGGAGAUGGAGUCGCAUAAGACAACGAUUGAUGAAGCAAGAGGGAUGUUGAUUCGGUGCGAGCGUGAUAUGAUUGAGGCAUACGCGCAAUUAUCGGAGCUAAAACUCACUAAGAAAUGGUUUUUGACCGAUGGGGUUGCAUGGGUUGUGAAGUUGGUGCAUCAAAGCCCUGAAUUGGAGAAGGUGGUUGCUGACCUGGUCAACAGUGUUAAUGCGGUUGGGGCGAAUGAAUGGAUAAAACAGGGUUUUAAGGCCGCGCAGGAUCUGGUUGGUUCUGCGGAAGAGGUUCCAGGUUAUGAUGCCGGAGCUCAGAGUGCCCUGGACGCUGCGGUAAAAGCUUUUGAUGAGCUUAAUAUCUCCGUUCUUGACAAGGUAGCUGAUUUGAUAGACGAGCCCCUACCGGUUAUUCAACAAAGAAGCAAACUUCCCAUUGUUGGGGAUGAUGAUGACAUAGUUCAAGUUUAAUGUUUUUUCUUUGUAAUCGUACGAUGUGUUUCGUCAGUAUGCUUUGCUUGAAACAGUUUUAAUCGUACAACAAAGAUGCAUGACUAUUUUUGUGUUAAGUCAUUUAUUUUAACUUAGUUACUUAGCAUUCGGUUUGCGUCCAAACCUUUGCCGUAUACUUUAAUUUGGCGAUCGCACCGAAUGAAGGUGCUUCGCCUGCUUAAUAGAUUUUAAUUCUCUUUUGAACUAUUUAAGCCUUCUCGAUCAGCGCGAGGCAUGGGUCAUGGCCCGUUCGUGCACAUUUAGGAAUUUUGUUCGAACUUAUAUAUAUGCUACCUUUAUGUUUAUAAAGAUAUAGAUCGCUUUAUUUACUGGUUCGGGGAAAAAACAUCCCGAUUACAAAGGAAAUAAAAGGUUAUCGGGGUAAUACCCUCCCGAUUUACAUACUGAAAUUUGGAAAUACUAAAAACGUAAAUUAGCGAUCUUCUUCAGCCGUAGCUGGUUGUUUACAUGAAGCACUUUUUUAAGUGUACCCCAUUCCAUGUUCGAGGCACUGGGGUUCCGUCGAGCUUCUCUAGCACAUACGAGCCCUUCUCACUGGCUUCCUUGACUCGGUAUGGCCCUUCCCACUUUGGGGUUAGUUUGCCGGGGGUUUCGGUACGACUUGCGUCGUUGUUUCGGAGCACAUAGUCUCCAACUUUGAACUUGUAGAUUUUAGCCCGAGCAUUGUAAUACUUUUCGAUUUUCUUCUUAUACCGAGCCUCUUUGAUUGCCGCUAUGUUUCGGCGUUCUUCCAGCAGGUCAAGGUUGGACCGGAGUUCACGUUCGUUUUCUUCCCAAUUCUUGCACCUUUGAUUUGGGAGCCCGAUCUCGGCCGGAAUCACUGCUUCGGUACCGUAAGUCAAGCUGAACGGUGUUUCACCGUUGCUAGUCUUGUGCAGUGUUCGGUGUGCCCAUGGGACGUUUGGCAAUUCGUCCGCCCAACCUUUUCCCUCCUGACCUAGCCUUCUUUUUAUGCCGUCGACGAUGCGCCGAUUGAUCUGUUCAACCUGCCCGUUGCCCUGGGGGUGGGCAACCGAGGAAAAAACUUGGUUGAUUUUUAACCUUUCACACCAUCGCUUGAAGGGAUUUUCUGC